CCCCUCUGGAUGCUCCACCUUCACAGCUAACAAACCUUGGAAACCCCCAGCAAUCCAGAAAGAUGCACCGAGCGACGAGUCCAGACUACUCUCGCUAUCAAUUUCCGAUAAGCCGCUGCGGUCAUCGGACAAAUCAGGUUCUCUCGGUCCCUCAGUUAUUGUCAAUCUGUCUUGCUGAGCUGUACAUGCAGUGCAGCUCAGAAAAAAGAGCUAACGUCUUUCCGCAUCCUAUGUGAACUACACCCAAGGUCAAGGAACAGAGCUUGCCCUGUCGGCUAGUUCUUGGUAGUAGUAGUAUUAUUAUUAUUAUCUGGCGUGCCCGCACACUUUCUUCACCCUUCUUUCUCUUCUGCUCUUCUAUCUCCAUUCCUUACGUUGUCCCUUCUCCCUCCUAGAUUCUCCGGAGUAUCCGAUCUCCGGUUUAUCUAACCAUGGUUGUGAUUGACAAGCAAGAGUACCUCACUCAAGAGGAACAGCGUCUCAAGGAGGACCGUGAAAGGACCAGAUACUGGAAGAAAUGGGGUCCUUAUGUCGCAGAGAGACAAUGGGCAACAGACGCGUGGAGUUAUUUCUCCCACGAUCACUCCCGGUCAAGAACAUAUCGGUGGGGCGAGGAUGGAAUUGCUGGUGUCUCGGAUACCCAUGGCUUAGAAAAUAUCGCUUUUGCCUUUUGGAAUGAGAAAGACGACUUCUUGAAAGAGCGCCUGUUUGGAUUGUCGAAUCCACAGGGAAAUCAUGGUGAGAGCAUCAAGGAAGCUCACUUUCACCUGGAUAAUACCCCAACCCACUCGUACAUGAAAUACCUCUACAAGUACCCUCAGAAGAAAUUCCCCUACCAGGAUUUGAUCGAUGAAAAUGCGCGGCGUUCAAGACAGGACCGUGAAUACCAGCUUCUCGACACCGGCGCAUUCGAGAAUAACCGCUACUGGGAUAUCUUCAUUGAGACCGCCAAGGAGGGAGACGAUGAGGAGGAGCUCAUGUUCCGUGUCAUUGCCUACAACAGAGGCCCGGAACCCGCUCCAUUGCACAUAGUCCCACAUGUGUGGUUCCGAAACACCUGGUCUUGGGGGUAUGAGAAUGAGAAGGAGAAACCCUCAAUUGAGAAAGUGUCGCCUCUUACAGCAAAAUCUUCUCACAAGAAGCUGGGAGAGCGAUACGUACGAUUCUCGCCCUCUCCAGCUGUCGGCGAUAGUCAGGAGGACGUCAUGCCUCGUAUGCUCUUCACUGAGAACGAGACGAACAACGAGCUUCUGUGGGGCACUAAGAACGACCAGCCCUACAUUAAGGAUGCCUUCCAUCGCCAUAUCGUCAACGAAGAGAAGGAUGCUGUUAACCCCGCCAACAAGGGAACGAAGUUCGCCGCUUGGUAUGCCUUUGACGAGGGAGACGGUAUCCCUCCAGGCGAGUGCGCAGUCGUCCGCUUUAGGUUCUCUCGCAAGAACGAGCAAUUCAUCGACGAGGAAGUGCUGGAUGAUGCAAUCGAGCAGCGAAGGGCAGAAGCUGACGACUUCUACUACCGAAUCAGCCCUCUCCCGAUGAGCGACGAUCUGCGUAAUAUCCAAAGACAGGCAUUUGCCGGCAUGAUGUGGACGAAACAAUUCUACCACUUCAUUUGGGACCAGUGGGCGAAUGGAGAUCCUGGAAUGAUACCACCGCCCCCGGGAAGGAAGCAUGUGCGCAAUCAGCAAUGGAAGCAUCUAUACAUUGAUGACAUUUUGUCUAUGCCGGACUCUUGGGAAUAUCCGUUCUUCGCUGCUUGGGAUACAGCUUUCCACUGCAUUCCGCUGGCCAUGAUCGAUCCAGAUUUCGCGAAGAAGCAGCUGGACCUUCUUACUCGCGAAUGGUACAUGCACCCGAAUGGCCAGCUUGCGGCUUAUGAAUGGAACUUUGGGGACGUGAACCCUCCUGUCCAUGCAUGGGCCGUCUUCAGAACGUUCAAGAUUGAACGGAAGAUGUACGGCCGGCAGGACCUGGACUUCCUGGAGCGCGUCUUUCAGAAGCUGUUGCUGAACUUUACCUGGUGGGUCAACCGCAAGGACUCAGAAGGUAAAAAUGUUUUCGAGGGCGGUUUCCUUGGUCUGGAUAACAUUGGACUGUUCAACCGUUCUGAGCCUCUUCCGACUGGAGGUGUCUUGGAACAGGCGGACAGUACCGGCUGGAUGGCAUUCUAUUGUCUAUGCAUGCUCAAUAUAGCUCUUGAAUUGGCUAAGCAUCGCCGAACCUACGAAGACAUUGCGUCCAAAUUCUUUGAGCACUUCCUUCUCAUUAGUGACGCUAUGACUUUCAAGUCAGGAGGCAAGGAAUCCUCUCUGUGGAACGAAGAAGACGGCUUUUACUACGACGCGAUUUCUUACGGCGAGCCAUGGACACAACAGCUUCCCGUGAGGUCGCUGGUUGGCUUGAUUCCUCUGUAUGCGGUUCUGACGCUCGAACCUGAAUUGAUUAACCAGUUCCCUUCAUUCAAGAGGAGAAUGGAGUGGUUCAUUGAAAACAGGCAGGAUGUUGCGGAAAGAAACAUCGCCAGCAUGAAACGGCGCGGAAAGGACGACCGACUCCUUCUGUCGCUCGUGAGUAAGGAUCGUCUGGAGAAGAUUCUCAAGAGGAUGUUGGACGAAACCGAGUUCUUGUCCGAGCACGGUGUCCGGUCUAUGUCCAAGUACCAUGAGAAGCACCCGUAUUCCAUGGACGUCAAUGGCCAGACUUUCAGAGUCGGUUACGUACCUGGUGAUUCCGACAGUGGAUUAUUCGGAGGAAACAGCAACUGGCGCGGACCCGUCUGGCUGUGUGUCAACUUCUUGCUUGUUGAGUCCCUUCUCCGGUUCUACAUGUUUUAUGGGGAUUCUUUCCAGGUGGAAUGUCCCACUGGCUCCGGAGACUACAUGCAUCUAGGCCACGUUGCUGAGGAGAUUCAGCAUCGUCUGCAGCACCUCUUCGCUCGCAAUGACCAAGGCCGCCGAGCUGUCAACGAUGGCUCAGACCUCCUCGAUUACGAUAAGCACUGGAAGGACUACAUGUGGUUCCACGAGUUCUUCGACGGUGACACCGGACGUGGACUGGGGGCGUCCCACCAAUGCGGAUGGACAGGUCUCAUCGCCAAGGUCAUCCAUGAUACCGGAAUCAACUGCCGCCUCCCACACACACCUCGCUCCCCCUUCGCCGCCGCAUCGCACUACUUCGACGACAUCUUCACCCGCUCAGGCCGGCCCCACCCCGCCGCGGACAUCCUGUCCGAAGACGAGCACGAAGGCGGAGUCCGCAACGGAGUGGACGAGCACGUCUCCAAUUACGUCGCGAGCCAGUUGCAGCGCGUGAGGAGCUCCGCGUCGAUCGGGGCUUAUGAGGAUGAGUUCGAGGCGCAGGCUGACCGCACGCCGAACGGUCAUUAGAUUUCCUAACUGUGAUACAUCUUUGUAAGAAGUGAAUUCGGGUGAAAUCGAAGUGCUUGCGCAUGUUGACGCUGCAUCAUGUCAUUAUACUAGUUGGUUUAACGAGGUAGACUUGCAUUGC